AUGCAGUUGGAGCUGAACUCAUUUAGCACCACGCCAGAUCACCCGACAAACCAGAUCCACAACUUGCAGAAACUAGAUCGAUGUUCCUCUCUAUGUGCAUUUGAGAAUCGCAAGACUCGUUCGUUCAGUGAGACGCAAAUGCCCGAUGAGCACUUCGAGUAG